AAGCCGCGAUGAUGUUGACGCAUGACGUUUGAGCUGAAGUUGUAGGAGAGAUGUGGCUAAUGGUAACGGCACGAAUAGCUUCUAUUAAAACCUCGAAGUGAAGUAAUUGCCACGGGACACAGACGGGAGUGAAGGGCGAGAUGUUGGAGUCCUAUGUCACACCGCUCCUUAUGAGCUAUGUAAACAAGUAUAUAAAGAAUCUGAAGCCAUCUGACCUGCAGCUGUCUCUUUGGGGAGGAGAUGUGGUGCUCAGCAAGUUAGACCUGAAACUGGAUGUACUGGAACAGGAGUUGAAGCUGCCCUUUACAUUCAUGAGUGGUCAUAUCCAUGAACUGCGUAUCCAUGUACCCUGGACUAAGCUGGGUUCAGAGCCUGUAGUCAUCACGAUCAACACCAUGGAGUGCAUUCUUAAGCUGAGGGAUGGAGCACAGGAUGACCACGAGAGCGGCUCUAGUUCCACCAGUCGCAGUGUCUCAGACAGCUCCAAGGCUGUGGCUAAGCCCCGCCGCCUCCAGCAGGCUGCCCCCAGCGACCCAGACCUACCCCCAGGUUACGUGCAGAGUCUGAUCAGGCGAGUGGUGAACAACGUCAAUAUUGUGGUGAACAACCUGAUCCUGAAGUAUGUGGAAGAUGACAUUGUGCUGUCGGUCAACAUUACCUCAGCAGAGUGCUACACUGUGGACGAUAUGUGGGAGAGGGCUUUCAUGGACAUCACUGCUCCAGAGCUGGUCCUAAGGAAAGUGAUCAACUUUGCAGACUGUACUGUCUGCUUGGACAAGCGGAAUGCUAGUGGCAAGAUUGAGUUUUACCAGGAUCCACUGCUGUACAAAUGCUCUUUCAGGACUCGCCUUCAUUUUACCUAUGACAACAUCAAUUCCAAGAUCCCAUCUGUCAUCAAAAUCCAGACCAUGGUGGAGAGCCUGAAAUUGUCCAUUACUGAUCAGCAGCUACCUAUGUUUAUCCGCAUUUUACAGUUGAUCAUUGCCCUCUACUAUGGAGAAAUUGGAGGACACAGAGAAAGCGAGGGAGAAGAGGGCAGUGGUCAUGUCAGGGAGGCUGGAGGAAAUGUACCUGCGAUGGAUGUGGAUGUGGAAAACCCAGGGACUACCACAGACCUUUACAUGCUGUCUGGGAGUCCUGAAGAUGCAGACCAAGGCUGGGUGUCCUGGGCGUGGUCAUUUGUCCCAGCCAUUGUAACCAUAGAGGAGGAAGGUGAGGAAGAUCUCUACCAGCAGAGAGACCCUGGAAGCAUCUCCAACAGCCCCCAGCAAAGCGCACACAAAGAUCCCAUUGUCUCCAUAGGCUUCUACUGCACCAAAGCGUCUGUUACCUUUAAGCUGACAGAGACUCAUUCAGAGAGCAGCUACUACAGUCCACAGAAGGUCAAAUCCAGAGAGGUCCUGUGCCUGGAGCAACAGGGAAUCACUAUUGAGGUUCUGAUGAUGGGCGAGCCCUUCUUUGAUUGUCAGAUUGGCAUUGUUGGCUGCCGUGCCCUUUGCUUGAAAAGCAUCAUGGGAGUACGAGAUUUUGAGGAAAACAUGAACCGAAGAGAAGAGGAUGCAGUAUUCUUCAGCUGUGGGGACAGCCUAAGCAGUAAAGGAAUGACUUACCUGACCAACUCCCUGUUUGACUACCGCAGCCCAGAGAACAACGGAGUCAGGGCUGAGUUCAUACUAGAUGCUGCUAAUCACAAGGAGACCUACACUGAGAUUGCGGGCAUACAGCGCUUUGGUGCUUUUUAUAUGGAUUAUCUCUACACAAUGGAGAACAGCAGUGGCAAAGAAGUGAAUGAGGAGACCCAUGGUCCAGCUAAAUCAGAAGAUAUAUCAAGCUUGGAGGAAUUCAUCCCAACCAGACUCACUUGUCUUACUCUGCUCCAAGUCUCAGUUACUGUCUCAAUGGCAGAGUUCAACCUCCUUCAGUCACUAAUGCCUGUCCUCAUGGGACACAAGGCAGCACCAGGACCGGUCUAUGUGCCAGUGUUCCAGCCAGUGCGUCCUCUGCCAUCUGUGCAUUUUGAGGUAGAGAGGGUGAAUGUUGAACACUCGGUGCCCAUGUAUGCUCCAGAGUUGGUCAGCACUGUCAGCAGCCUCAGCCAGCCUUCUGACAACCUGCUCCAUCACUGCUACGCACACCUCUACCUCAAGGUGUUUGGGUUUCAGGCAGGCUUGACAUGCCAGGACAGUACAGAGGCUUCCCUGCCUCUUAUACCCAUUAUCCCUUCCUUCAGCACUGCACUCUAUGCAAAGCAGAUUCAGAUGCCUGCAUACUGGAGCAAAAGGUCUUCGGUCCCCACCACAGAGUGUAUAUUUGAGCUUCCCCAUUUCACUGUACAGGCCACAAGGGCCCAGACGCUUUUGAUCCAAGCAAUCUGUCAGAGUUGGACACACAGCAUGACCAAUGGAACCCCGCUGACACUCAGCGAAAGCCUGCUCAAUGAGGUGUACAAAGCUCCAGGUGUGAAAUCUCUGGGCCCGUCACCGACUCUCGAGGGCUCGGUCCAAAACCUGGAGCUGAAGUUCUGCAGCCGUGCGACGGUGAAAUGCGCCUCAGGAACCCUGGGAGCUGUAAAAGUGUGCGCCAGGACCCCAGGUUCAGGAGAUGGGGUGAAGGAGAAGCUGGUUCCUCUCAUUCAGGGGCCAUCCGACACCAAAGAACUCCAUAUGAGUCGCUGGCUUAAUGAGAUCCGCAAGCCUGAAUCUUUGCUUGCUCCUGACCUGCUCGCAUUUUCUGUUCUGGUCCCUCAGCAAGGAGACAGUUGCAGGAACUCAGGUGCAGUACUGCUGGUCAGUGUCCAGGGCAUAGCCGUCAACAUGGAUCCAGUGUUCUGCACAUGGCUGCUAUACCAACCUCACAGAGGGAGCAGUAAGCACCAGAAUCCAGGUCCAGUUUCUUUGGCCAAGAGGAGAGAGGACGAGGUGUCAGUAGGGAGCACACCAUUUGCCAAACAACCCUCCAAUCAGGCCUCAGACUAUGCCAGCAGCCCGGUCAAAACAAAGACAGUCACAGAAUCACGUCCCCUGUCCAUUCCAAUGAAGGUGAUGCCUGACACCACAGCAGCAGAGUCAUGGACAACCUCAGAGGAAAGAAUGAAGGAGCUUAUUGCCCAUACCUGGGAUGCUGUAAAACGCCUUACUGUUCAGUUGGAGCUGCAGUCUUGCUGUGUGUUCCUACCUAAUGACAGCCUCCCCUCCCCGAGCACCAUCAUCUGCGGUGACAUACCCGGCACUGUCCGGAGCUGGUACCACAACCAGGCCUCCAUGCCUGGGACUCUGGUAGUCUGCCUGCCUCAAAUCAGUGUCCUCAGUGCUGGGCAUAAGUACAUGGAACCGCUGCAGGAGCUCCCCUUCGUGGUCUCCAAGCCCAUCUUGGAGGAAGGUGAUGCCUUCCCAUGGUCAAUAAGCCUCAGUCAGUUCAGCGUGUACACACUACUGGGGCAGCAGCGAAGCCUGAGCCUACUGGAGCCUAUGGGCUGUACCUCCACACUGGCUGUCACAUCCCAUAAGCUGCAGAGCUGCUCUGAAGGAAGACACUCAUUUGUAGUCUGUCUCCAUGUUGAUCUGCAGCCCGUCCACGUCAAGUGCUCCAACCCCCAGGUUCAACUCUUGUAUGAGCUCCUCCUGAGCUGGAGCUCUACGUGGGCCCGUCUUCAGAGGCACGGCAUCUUGCGUCAGACCUCCAGCAUCCCAGAACCCCCUGCUGGUGCUGCACCAUCCUCCCCAAUUCGCAGCAGUGCUGGCACUGCCCUGCCUGACACCAGCACCUGCAGCCCCUCUGCAGAUUUCGGCUCCCCCACUGAGGGUGACUCAGUACCUGCUGCAGACAACAGUCCAUUCCCCGACACAGUGACUUUGGAGCAGAAAACAAGCAGUAUCGGUGGAACCAGCGGGAAGGUUAGCCUUUGGAUGCAGUGGAUGUUGCCCAAGGUCACCAUUAAACUGUUUGCUCCUGACCCAACUGCCAAAAACACAGAGAUCUGCGUCAUCAGUGAACUUGAAGACCUGAGUGCCUCCGUAGAUGUCCAGGAUGUUUAUACAAAGAUCAAAUGUAAAGUUGGCAGCUUCAACAUCGACCACUACCGACGCAGUAUGGAGGAUGGUGUUCGGAGCUCAGGCAGCUGUGGAGGGGUGGUCCUCUCUUGCACUGACAAGCUGAACAGACGCACUGUGUUGGUUCGACCCGUCAGCAAGCAAGAAUCUUUCAGCCACUUCUCUGGCUUUUUCCCUCCUACGGCAGCCAAAGUCCUGGAGGGCUCUCACCAGCAGCAUGGCUUCCUGUCAAUCACUUACACUCAGGCUGUCACCAAAAAUGUCCGUCACAAACUCACCACUCGGUCUGAGCGGCCGACGCGCAGUAGUGCGAUGACCACCGAUCCACUGGCAGACAGCUCACCUCAGUACCUGAGAGAAAUCCUGCUGACAGCCCAGCCUUUUGAUGUUGUGCUCUCCUGUCCACUACUGGCCACUGUAGCAGGGGUGCUCCAGGCUAGGGUACCAAGACGCUACAGAGAGCGUGGGAAGUCAGCUGGCCAACCAAUGAGAAGCCACACGCUGACUUCUCGCUGUUUGCCUCUCAUCUACAUCAACACCAGUGUGAUCAGGGUCUUCUGUCCCAGAGUACAAGACAAAGAUCCAGCAUCAGACCUCCAAGUGAAACAAGAGGACACCCUGGUAUUAAAAAUGGGCUCCCUCAGCAUGGCUCCUCAGGCCGAUAACCCGCUGACCCGCACUGUGCUGCGAAAAGACAUCUACCAACGUGCACUGAACCUUGGCAUCCUGCGUGAUCCAGGUUCAGAGGUGGAGGACCGUCAGUACCAGGUCGAUCUCCAGUCCAUCACCAUUGGAACGGCUCAGUGGGAGCAACUUAAGCCAGAAAAGGAGGGAAUGAAAGGUGGCGUGUCCGCAGAGAGUGAGAGGAACUCGCAGAACCCAGCCCUGGAGUGGAACAUGGCCAGCAGUAUUCGGAGGCACCAGGAGCGCCGGGCCAUCCUGACACCAAUCCUGACUGACUUUUCUGUUCGAGUGACAGCAGCCCCAGCCAUCAUCUUCAGCAAGAGUCUGUCUCCAGACAGUGCACAGACAGAGGAAGUGGUGGUGUGCGGCCACUCUCUGGAGGUGAAUGUCACCAGCAGUCUGGACUUUUACCUGAGCAUCGGCCAGCUGCAGCUCUUACAGCAGCUUGUCAGAGACAACAUGGUGGGGAUAGACACUCCUGAGAAAGGUGCUGAGGUGCGUCGACAUGAGAAGAAGCAUGGCAGUCGUGACCCUGCAACGGCUGUUGACAUCUCAUCACGUCACAGCGGAACUGGGCAGGACAGCGGCUUUGGCAGCGACAGUGCCCGCAUCCGCAUCGUCCAAAUAGAGCAGCAGAGCGGGGCCAGUCACCACUGUAUCGCUAGGCCCUCCCACAAGUCCACCAUCACCAAGAACCUCAACUUCAUCCCUUUUGACAUCUUUCUCACGGCUAGUAGGUUGUCUAUCAUGACUUACUGCUCCAGUUCCUCAAAGGUCCUUCCCUCAUCGUCUGACAGCCCCAGCACACUGGAGAAGAAGGAGGCUGAGGAUAAGGUGGGAAAGAGUGCCCUCAACCAGCCUGAGAUCCUGUCUGAGUCUCCUCAAGCCUCUGCCUCGCCGACUCCAGAACCUGCUCCUGCUGCACAGGGUUCCCUUGCUGGCCUGACAGCUGAAGACAUCUUCAACAGCAACACCUCACAGCCAGCCUCCCCACUCCUGAGAGGCAGCCUGCUCUCCAUGAAUAGUCUGCCUACUCCCAGUCGCUCCUCAGCCCGCCAGGCGCUGGGUGUGACCAUAGUGAGGCAGCCAGGGAGAAGAGGAGCUGGGGACCAGGUGUUAGAACCCCUCCUUUAUCUCCAGGUCAUGCAACCAUCUGCUCUUCUCAGCUGCCACCACCGCAAGCAGAGGAUGGAGCUGUCUGUGUUUGACGUGGUCUUAAGAGGAGUAACUUCUGACUACAAGUGCCUUGACCCAGGAAAGACUCUUCCAGAAUCUCUUGACUACAACGUGUUUUGGCUGCAGACAGUAGCAGGAGAGACAGACAGUAAAACGGGCAUUCCUCCCCCACUGCUCUGCCUCCAGAUCAAAGAUUUCCUCAAUGGACCAGCUGAGCUGAACGUAGAGCUAUCAAGGCCACUGAAAAUCAACCCUACCCUGGCUAAGCUGGAGCAGGCCAAAGCCUACCUGAAGAAAGUCCUGCCAAACCAUGUGUGGGAUACCUCCAGUCAUCAACUGUCUGCUUCCUCCACACCUCAUUCCUCUCCCACGAGGAUGCUACCCAGGCCCAUUCUCUCCCGUUCAGACCCUCACCAUCAGGCCUCAGCUCUGGGUAAAACCAGCAACCUCAGGAGCCUGGCUUUGACCUUCCAUAAGGUCUCUAUCCACACUGCCCAGAUUGUAAUUGUCAUGGAGACGGAGUCUCAUCCAAAGAAGCCCAGCGUGACUGUGUCAGUGUCAGCCAUGACAGGAAGUCUGAACAUGAAGUCAGGGCCUCGGAUAGAAGACGCAGUUCAGUCUUCCUCUGUGCUGAUGAAGCUGCAGGAUUUGUCGGUGAGAACAGGGCUAAAGGACCGACACCAUCUCCUGCUGGGGCCUUUCUCCUGCAGCACCUCCCUGGAGGCUCGGUGGUGUCGGCACAGCGGCAGCCCUGGACCUGAGCCCGGGCCCCCUAAACUGCUGCUGGACCUGAAGGGCAGCCUCCUGCAGGUCUUUUGGGGACAAGAGCAUCUGAAUUGCCUGAAUCUUGUGGAGGAGCACCUCCGGGCAUACCUUCACCUUUGGAAAGAGGAUUCAGCCGAUUACUGCUCCAAGGGCAAGCCCUGCCACACACAGCCGCCUCCUUCCCCUGGCUCUCCCUCUCCCCGGACAGAGCACAGCUCAGAUGACUUGCGUACAGGGCUUUUUCACUACAUCCAGGAGUCAGCGUCCCAUAGAUUACCAGGACCCCAUGAGGUGAUGUUCUACAGUGAAACAGAGGACAGCCCGGGGGUGAUGCUGUGGAGAUACCCUGAGCCCCGUGUCCUCACAUUCGUCAGGAUAACUCCUGUACCUUUCAACACCACAGAGGACCCUGAGAUCAGCACAGCUGACCUGGGGGAUGCCCUGCAGGUACCAAGCAGCCUGGAGUACUGGGAUGAGCUCCAGCAGGCCUUCGUUCCAUACCGGGAGUUCAGCCUGUCAGAGAGCAGUGCUUGCCAGCUGCAGCUCCCCAGCCUCAGCCUCACCGACCAACAGAAGGAGCUGGUGGCUUCAGACCUAUGGAGGAUAGUCCUCAAUAAUAAUGGAGAGGGAGGAGAUGAGCAAAGUUUGGAUAGUGAGUGUGGGUCCCAGGUACCCUGCGAUCAGCUGGUGUCUCCAAUAGCCUUGGCAGCUUGCACCCGUGUGGACUCCUGCUUUGCUCCCUGGUUUGUCUCCUCCCUGGGUGUCUCCCUACAACUGGCACAGCUUGAAGUUCACCUCUGCCACCACCUAGAACAACUGGGUACAGUUCCAUCUCGGCAACUUCGACCUUUCCUGCCAGACAGGAAGUUACCACAAGAGCAGGAGUUCAUGGUGAUCGGUGCUCGGGAGCCAAGGGUCUUCUUGCGCCAGUGGAGCAGUGGACCACGUCACUGUCAGGAGUUUAGCUUUUCCACCCAGGUGGACUGCAAGCUGCUGGAAUACAGAAAUUUAACACACCUCCAGCUUCUCCAGCCUUGUGUACUACAGGGUCAGGCUGCAGCCACCAGUUGCGCGGAGAACACCACGUUGGAUGUGAAUGUGUUUGUGGACCCGGUGUUUCUCAAUAUCAGCCAGUAUACCAUCCACACCAUGGACACUGCCCUGCACAGCUGGCAACAGCUGCUGCACAUUUGUAUUGAGGGAUGGGGGAACUGGCGCUGGUCAGAGGCCUUCAGCUUGGACAACGUAGGGACUCUGCUGAGGACCAUUCAAUACAAAGGACGCACUGCCUCACUCAUCAUCAAGGUGGUGCAACUCAGUGGUGUCCAGAAACAGGUAAUAUUCUGUGGGCGGCAGGUAAUGUGCAGCUACCUGACUCAGGACAUUGAGCUCCGAGUGGUGCAGCACUAUGUGGGGCCUGACAGUCAGACAGUGGUCAGGGAACACUGUGAUUGCCUGGAGGCUGGGGCCAAGUUGCCUUCCUAUGUGCUGGAGGACACUGAGAUGACAGAGCUGUGUGUGAGGGCUCGAGGAGAUGAAGACUGGUCCCAGGAUGUCCAGCUGGAGAGGAGGAACCACAGCAGCAGCUCUGUCGUACAGGUGCCUUGUUCCAGUGGUUCUUUACUCUAUGUGUGGUGCACUCUCAUCACCAUUGAACCUGACUCUCACAUGCAGCAGAGAGUGGUUGUAUUCAGUCCACUGUUCGUCAUGAGGAGCCACCUGCCAGAUCCAGUGAUCAUCCACAUAGAGAAGAGGGGUCUCGGACUGAGAGAGAGCCAGCUGAUACAUGGACAGGGCCACCAGGAGCCCCUGUUAAACACUGAGGCUGACCUCACCCACCAUCUCACUUUCCAGGCCAGGGAAGAUGAGGAUGCUUCUCACUGUGCUGUGCCAAUCUCCACCAACCUGAUCAAACAAAUAGUGAAUAAGACUGCAAGUGAGGACAACCUGAAAGACAUCCUGGCUGAUUUCUAUGGUCCGAAGACCUCUACUGAGCUGCCUUGGCCCUACGUCACCAAAGAUACUGACAGGUCAGUAAUGGAGCCCCUUGCCCAGUGGGACAGUCCCAUGCAGGUGAAAUUGUCCUGCUGGAAACCUGGCCUGAACACCCUGCUGGUGGAGCUGCUGCCCUGGGCUCUGUUAGCCAACCACUCCAAAUGGGACCUCUGGCUUUUUGAGGGAGAGACCAUUGUUCUCCAGAUACCGGCCGGCAAAGUCAUUGUUCCACCCAACUUCAAGGAAGCCUUCCAGAUCGGUAUCUACUGGGCCCACACCAACACCGUCCACAAGUCGACCGCAUUCAAACUAGUCCAUGACUUGACUUCUCCUCGAUGGAAAGAGGGAUCAGGCUCAGAGGUGGUCACUUUGGAUGAGGAGGGAUGUGUAGAGGCAGACAUCUCCCUGGGAGCCUUCCCUGGAAGACAGAAGCUGUGUCAGUUCUGUGUGUCGUCUGUGGUGAGACACGGCAUCCAGAUCCUACAGAUCGAGGACAGAACAAUUCUUGUCAACAACACUCCUUACACAAUACAGUACAGCCCUCUGCUGACUGACCACGCACUGGGAACUGAUGACCAGGCCUGUGAGAUACAAGAGACGUCUGUGUUUAGCCUGGCUCCCUCUGAAGAGUCAUCCCCGGCCAAGCCCAGCUCAGUGCCAUGCUGGGACCUCCUCCAAACCAAUGUCCAGGGAAAGGUGGAGUACCCUCUGCCAGUCAGAUACAUGCUCUUCAGCUUGUUUCCCAGGCCUGAUGCCGGGGUUGGAUCUGCGGCAUGGAGCCUCCCUGCUCCCAUCCAUCCAGACUUCCCCAGGCAGAGUUUGUCUGUUCCUGUGGGACCAAGCUCUGGGUUUGGCCUUAGCAGCAGAGCCAUAGUACUUACAUAUCAGGAACACCUUGGGGUGACAUACAUCACUCUGAAUGAGGACCCUUGUCCACGCAUGCUGAUCCACAACAAGUGUCCAAUCCCUCUGCUGCUGAAGGAAACUGUCAAAGAAACUCCAAAGACUGAGGUAUACUGCCGUCCUCUCCCUGCCAACUGUUCUCUGCACCAUGAGCUUCAUCACCACUUUUCCAGUUUCCCUGAGUGUAGGCAGAAAGAGAUGUUGCCCACUCUGCUGCUGAAAACCACCUCAGACCACGGCACCACCGACUGGACUGACCCCAUAGAUAUCAACUGCCUCGGUACUCAGGUCGUGUUCCUGCCUGGUUUUGGUUGUCUCUACAUUGAUGUGGUACAUGAGAGAGGUACCCUGGUCUUGUCUCUAGCACCAGAGGGCAGUGUGGACACUAUAAUCAACCAGCACAACAGGUCUUUGAAGCUGUCCUUCAGAGUUCUCGUGAGUGAGACCAGUGUGGCUUUGAGUGAUGACAUCACUAGGCCCUCUGGUUCUGUGGAGUUGCUUCGACUCACGUUGACUAAGCUGCUCCUCAGUCUGGCUCCAGAACCUAUCCUUCCCCUGGAGCUGAGAGUUGACCCUGACAUGGAAACAGCAUCCAUCUCAGCUCUGAUGCCUGAUACCUCUCUGAUUGAGGUCUUCUGCUCCAGUCUGCAAAUAGACAACCAGCUGUAUAACCGGGCAAGUUUCCACUUCCCUGUGCUGCUGUGCCAGGAUCAGAGAGGGGGAGUUGAUCCCGGGGGUCCAUGGAGCAGCGAUGUCAACCCCACAGAGUCUCCUGAAGCCCUGGAGGAGUUCAAACGCUCUUGUUUCCUGCAGCUGAGGAUGACGCUGGCUGGAGACAAACGCACUGUGGAGGAGGUCAACUUCCAGCUCCAGCCUGCCAGAGUCUACCUUGAAGACACCUUUGUUUACUACAUUAAGACCUUGUUCUACACCUACAUCCCUGACAGAGCUAUAGCCUCGGCUACAGCAGCGAGCCAGAGGACUAGAGAGUCUGGACCAGCCCCCACGCUCCCUGAACAGGUGCUUCAGUCGCUGCAAGCAUUAGUCAACCCAGUGCGGCUGCAGAGGCUGACCAUCCAGCCGGUCAACCUGCUGGUCAGCAUCCAUGCCUCCCUUAAGCUGUACAUUGCCUCAGACCAUACUCCACUCUCCUUUUCUCUGUUCGAGAGAGGGCCGCUCUGCACCACAGCCAGGCAGCUUGUCCACGCUCUGGCAAUGCACUAUGCUGCGGGAGCCCUCUUCAGAGCUGGUUGGGUGGUGGGGUCUUUGGAGAUCCUCGGCAGUCCUGCUAGCCUGGUGCGGAGUAUCGGUAAUGGCGUGUCAGACUUCUUCCGUCUGCCGUAUGAGGGUCUGACCCGAGGACCUGGAGCCUUUGUCAGUGGGGUCUCCAGAGGUACCACCUCUUUCGUCAAACAUAUCUCAAAAGGUACGCUGACGUCCAUCACUAACUUAGCAACAAGUCUGGCCAGGAACAUGGACCGGCUGUCUCUGGAUGAGGAGCACUACACCAGGCAGGAGGAGUGGAGGCGACAGCUGCCAGAGAGUCUCGGGGACGGACUGAGGCAGGGGCUGUCACGACUCGGCAUUAGCUUGUUAGGAGCGAUAGCAGGCAUUGUUGACCAGCCCAUGCAGAACUUCCAGAGGAACUGGGAGACGCAGACCUCAGCUGGUAGCAAAGCCAAAGGCGUCAUCUCUGGAGUAGGGAAAGGAAUUGUGGGUGUUUUCACCAAACCCAUCGGUGGAGCAGCUGAGCUGGUGUCCCAGACUGGAUACGGGAUCCUUCAUGGAGCAGGACUGUGGCAGCUUCCCAAACAACUCUACCUGCCUGUAGAGGAGAAGUCGGCUCAAGCCCCAAACAGCCACCUUAAAUAUGUCUGGAAGAUGCUUCAGUCUCUUGGGCGGCCAGAGCUCCACAUGGCCCUGGAGGUGACCAUCGUGAGUGGGUCAGGUCAGGAGCACGCCGGCUGUCUGCUGCUCACCUCUGAGGUGCUGUUUGUGGUCAGUCUCAGUGAGGACACACAGCAGCAGGCUUUCCCCAUCACAGAGGUGGAGUGUCAGCAGGAGCCAGGACAGGAAGGCCAGCUCACCCUCACUUUACAACAGCAGACCGUCACCAGUGACACAGAGGGGGACGGUGUUCGUGAGCGUCUGUCGGAGCAGCAGUAUCAGCGGCUGGUGGAUUACGUGACGAGAGCCUCCCAGUUUAUCUCCCCCUCCGCUGCCUCUCUGCAGCUGCAGCCCUCAGUGACACUGGCUGAGCCACCGCCCACUGUCACCAAGUCUUACCGCUACCUGGUGGAUCCAGCCUUCACCAAGGUGUUCGUCAGCAAGUUCCACAUGGUAAAGAAUAAAGCUUUGCGCAUUGGAUUCCACUGAUACACACAUCAGUGGCUUUCUGAAACUGAUACAUAUGAGAUCAGACGUUUGUUCCAACUGAAAUUGAGCCUUAAAUACAUUUGGAAUACACACUAGUUUGGCUCCGAAAAGAUAACUUAUGCAAACAUAGCUGUUGAGUUAAAAUCAUUUUUGUAUCUAACUGUAAAACUCCACCUGAUUACCCACACCUUUAAAAGAUACAACAAACAUUACACAGCUACAGAGAGUCUGACAAUUUCAAAUCUGUUUUAAUCAAAGUCACAUAAGUUAAGACGUUUUUUUUUUUGCUCAGACAUUUUGACUGUAGCCAACACUAAAACAUGUAUGUGUCAAAUCAAACCAAGGACUUGUUCAGUCGAUGUGAAACCUCUUCAGUGUUGCAGAUAGAAACAUCAUUCUGUUUCAUUUCUUUCCAAACUAUCUGUUUCACUGUGUCUCACUCCACAGAAUAAGGUCUUGGUGUUUACUGUCUCAUGCCACUGUUCAGUACAAUAUUAUUAUGUUGAUGGACACUAAAGAAACCAGCUGUCAACCAAAAUGUUUUUUAUAGAUGUGACAUAAUUGUUUGACUUCAACAUUUUUCUUUGUAACCUUACAUUGAUGCCAACAUGAUAUUGUGCACUAUUGAGUGUAAAUUAAGUCUAUUGUGUUCAGUGUAUAUAAAUGUAUAUUAAUAUAGAAAUGUUUUAUUAAAAAUAUUAAACAUAAUAUAAAGUGUGAUUCUAUUAUUGUCUGAACCUAAAUAUUUGUGCAUUUAAUUGCAUUUGUCUUCACCUCAGUAAAACCAGUAGUUUUCCAUCAGACAUCAUGAAUUUUCAAACCGCAGCAUUGAAACAGGUAAGAGCAGGUGUUUGUUACACUAGCUUUGAAACAUUCUUACAUCAUGUGUAAACCCAACCUCAAACUUCUUCCUCGAUACCAGUAGGAGCUCAAUUUUCAGUCUGUGUCGGAGUCCAGUCUUACACUUUCAUUUCAUGUUGCAGCUGCUCA